CCAUCGAAGAAUAACGAAAAGCAUGACUUUGAAGUAUAAUUUGUGAUAAAAAACCAACUAAAAUGGCUUGUAUGCUGAGAUCUGUCAUUCCAAGGAUUCCAAAAUUAAAGAAAGCUGCCUACUCAUAUGCCUGGGACAAGAAUGCUGAUCAGAUCCUCCCUGACCACUACAAGAGGCGCUGUAUAGACUUCCAAACCAGGGACCCACCGGCUGUACAUUACAAACCAAACAAGGCAAAGUGGCGUUUUGAUUCAUCACAGUAUCGCCCGGUACCAGUACAGAAUGUCCCACCUGAGGUCACCUAUCCUGAGGCCAUUACAAAUGGUUUGUUUGGGGGAGAGGGCUACAUAAGAGGCUUCAAGAGGAAAUCCAAGUUCAAUCCAAGAGUGCCAAAGGUAUGGGCCCCUGUGGUGAGAGUAGAAUAUCUUCAUAGUGAGAUUCUCAACCAAUGGUUUAAGAUCAAUACCACAGACCGUGUUAUGAACCAGAUCACAAAACUGAUGGGACUUGAUAACUACAUCUUGGCGACCCAUGAGAGAGACCUCAAUUCCCGACUUGGUAUGACACUAAAGCGACAGAUGUUGGUGGCCUUGGCACAGCCGGAGAAUCUCUACCCAGAUAACCCAGAGAAACGAACACUCAUUAUGAAGUCCUACGGCAAAUAUGUAAUUCCUCUUGAGGAAGCAGAAUGGAUUGGCCUUCCAGCUUCCAUAGCUGUUCAAAAAGCUAAAGCUGAAAUUAAAGCUGAGAAAGAUGCCCAGGAUAUACCUCUCAGAGACGUCUACAAAACACAGUUCAUAAAAAGAUUACAGAGUCAAGAAUUUGUACAAGAUCCAGUAGAUGCAGAAUAUGAUGGAAAGUAACCAGCCAGGUGUAUUCAGGUGUGAGUGAUCAGGUGAGGUGCCGCCAGGUGCUACUUGAGGAACUUACCAGCUCAAAUGGAAACACCCUUCAAAGUCCAGAGAGGAAUACCAAUAGAAAUGUCUGUCUUUGUGCUUUUCACAGCGUGACAUUGACUUAAUCUCUUAAAGGCAUUACAUUAGAAUGUUGACGGAGGAACCAAAAUGUAUGGAAGAAAAAAACGCUUUUGCCAAGAUUUAUUGGAAAGUGUAAAAUGGAUAAAAAAAAUAGUGACAAAUGGAACAACAGAUUUUUUGUAUGUUAGUGAAAAGUUAUAAAGUUUGUCUGAAUGUUGUCAUGAGAAAGUUACACAAUAUUUCAAUGUUCAACACGCAGUGUCAUCCGGCCAUGUCAUGUACAACAAAAUAAAAAUUUUUUUUGUAGAAA